AUGGAUAUAGGAGUGAACACAGAAAGCUUUGACUCACCUUUUCUACAAACUAAAACCUUUCUCUUACCUAAAUUUAAGAAAAACCGAUCAAGACUAGUCCGCAUACAUCAACCUUUGAAAAAUGCUCAACUGAGCCUAAUGAGCCCUACAUCUAGAAAAAGUGAAGCACCAAAAAAGAAAGGAAAAUUAUUGAUUGUCACCCAAAUCCCUUCAGGUAAAAUAAAUUUACCAAAUUUAAUCAAAAGUCCUUCUCCUUUUCAAUCCCCGUCCCCAAAAUCCCCCAAGCACGAAAUUUUUGAAAAAAAUUUAUCAAGAUCACUGAAGAAAAUAAAAAGAAAAGGAAAUAUUGACAGCAUUUGCUUACAGCUGAGCACUGCUAAUAGCAAGUUAUCUAAGUAUUUAGACUCUUUUAAAGGAAAAGAUGAUCAAAGAAUAGGAUCUUCAGGGACUCUACCAAGUUUAAUCGAAAGCAAAAUCAUCGUAAAGCGGUUCGAAUCUCCUCAAGUUAUGAGUCGGCUAGAAAAAUCUGACACUUGUGCGCUUGAGCUGACUUAUGACACUUAUUUAUCUCAAAGAUAUGUUUAA